UCGCAACAGUCUUAACAGGUGUCCGUGGCUGAGCGGUCGCAGCAUUACUCGCAUUGUCGGAUUCGCGUAAGACGACGACGACGGCGACUAUACGAUAGUAUACACGUGUGCGCAGACCGUAAUUAAUAUCAUAUCGUACGACAUCGUAUUGCUGUGGUCCUACUGCAGCAGACGACGAUCGAUAUAACAUAAUACUGAUUGAUAUACAAAUAUCGAUAUUGUGUUUGCGCCGCGCGUUUAACGUCGCACGUAAAAUCGUCGAUCGUGUACGCCGAACACCGUGUGUGUGUGUGUGUGUGUGGACAGAGUUGCGUAGUGACCAGAAAAUUGUUGAGCGGGUGCGUUAUUUAAUUAUUAUUGUUGUCCGCGAAUUUCACGGACGAUUUUUCCAGUGGUGAGUGCGCCGACCGCGCAGCCCCUGAGCCAGAUCGUGACGCGUGCCAAAUACGCAUCCCCCCGCAAACGAUAAUAUUAUCAUUUUUUGAAGUCGCCCGCCGAUCGAAACAUGAUCGAAGCCGCUUCGGCAGACUGUUGCGUUUUCGCCAAGGAGUCUCUGGCCGUGGACGGGUACAUGGUGUCUCCGUCGGUAGUGCACCAGAGGACCAACAGCCACUUAAAGGACCAUAAAGAAUUCCUAAAGAAAUCAAAAGAUUCCUUGCUGUCAAGGAGUGCAAAAGAAUUAUCGCUACUGCAAUUCCAUGAAGUUGAACCACAUUUACAAUCCAAUCCAUACAUUACGUCCGGCUAUAGAGCUAGUUUAUCCACAAAAAUGUGCAUAGAAAGCGCUUUUUGGAUGACCAACGAAACCAUAAAUAUUUGGUCACAUGUUUUUGGCUGGAUGCUGUUUUUCGGUUUAACAAUUUAUGACUUGUUAUUGUUAAAUAUUCACGCUUCGCCGUUUGAUAAGCUCGUUGUGGGUCUACUACUUGGAUGUUUUCAGAUUAGCAUGGCAUCAUCAACUAUGUACCACACGUUUUCAUGCAAAUCCGAGAAACAUUUCAACUGUUUUUUAUCUUUUGACUUGUUCGGCAUUGCAUUAAGCUUGUUGGGUAUCUACUUAUCAGGAAUUUAUUACGCUUUUUGGUGUCAUCCCGUACAUCGAAUGUUUUACUUGUCUACAGUGUUCUUUAUAUUUGUAUCUGUAAUGGCAUUACAAAUACCAAAGUUGAAAGCAAGUGAUAAUUUGAAAAUGAUCUCAUUUGUGUGCUGGGCAGCAUACGGAGUGAUACCGACGUGUCACUGGGUUGUCAUCAUGGGUGGAUGGGAAAAUCCAAUAGUGGCCACAUUGCUAUCAAGAAUUUUAAAUAUGUACCUAAUUUCCGGAUUAGCGUUUCUAAUUUACGUUACUAGAAUGCCAGAGCGAUUUUUCAAAGGUAAAUUAGAUUACAUAGGAUCAUCGCAUCAGUGGUGGCAUUUCCUGGUCGUGAUAGCGUUAUAUUACUGGCAUAAUACUGGAAUUUUGUACAUCGAGUACAGAAUGAACCACGGAUGUGUCAACGAUUUACGACUGUAAUAUUGACUUGCUCAAAGUGCAUACUGUUAUUUUAUAAUUAAAUUAUUUUUAAUAUUAAGUAUAUUAUAUAGUUUGUUUGUUAUUUUACGAUUCACCGACGAUUUUUUUGUAAAAUAUUUCUUAUACUAUAAUAUGAAAUUCAAAUUCUU